UUUGACAGAGUGUCAAAACUAGCCGAAUGACGCAUGUCUAGAAUAUAGAAAUCUCUAUAAUUUCAUUUGCCUUUGGGUUCCUUGUUUAGAAAGAUGGCAGACAAUAAGCUCUACGAUAUUUUAGGUGUUAGUAGAAAUGCUUCCGAUGGUGAAAUUAAGAAACAAUACCGUAAGUUAGCCAAGGAAUUUCAUCCCGACAAGAACCCUGAAGCCGGAGAUAAAUUCAAAGAAAUAAGCUAUGCUUAUGAGGUGUUAUCAGAUGCCAAGAAAAGGCAACUUUAUGACAGAGUUGGUCUCAAAGGUAUGCAAGAAGGAGGACAUGACGGGUUUGGAGGAGAUGAUCUUCUAUCCCAUCUCUUUGGAGGUGGCUUGUUUGGAGGUUUCAGUGGGUUUGGCGGUGGUGGAGGUAGAAGAAGGCACAGAGGAGAAGAUACUGUUCAUCCUUUAAAGGUUACCAUGGAAGAUAUGUACAAUGGCAAGACCUCAAAGUUACAGUUAAGCAAAAAUGUGAUCUGCACAAGCUGCGGUGGUAAAGGAAACAAGACUGGCCAAGCCCCAGAAAAGUGCCAGUCUUGCAAUGGAUGUGGUAUCAAAGUGUCUUAUAGGAGUUUAGGCCCAGGAAUGGCCCAACAGGUACAAAGUUGUUGCAACGAUUGUCGCGGAAGCGGCGAGUUUAUCAAAGAAAAAGACAGAUGUGGUACAUGCAAGGGCAAAAAAGUGUGUAACGAAACAAAAAUCUUAGAAGUUCACGUCGAUAAGGGCAUGAAACAUCAACAAAAAAUCGUGUUUAGAGGCGAAGGCGAUCAACAACCCGACGUCGAAGCCGGUGACGUAGUAAUUAUUCUGCAACAAAAGCCACACGAGAUAUUCGAACGACAGGACAAUGACUUGCACAUGAAACACACCAUUUCGCUAACCGAGGCACUUUGUGGAUUUUCGUUUGUCGUCCAUCACUUGGACAAGCGUGAUUUGUUGAUCAAGCACCCGCCCGGCCAAGUGAUAAAGCCUGGCGAUGUGAAAAUCGUAACUGGCGAGGGCAUGCCAAUAUACAAGAAUCCCUUUGAAAAGGGAAAUCUAUUUAUCACCUUCAAUAUUAAGUUCCCGGAAAAUCAUUUCGCUCCGGAGCCUAUGCUUAAGAAAUUGGAAACGUUAUUGCCGCCGAGGCCUGAAUUCGUUUUGCCCCAAGGCGAACACGUGGAGGAGGUCGAUUUGGUCGAAUACGAUCCGAACGACAGAAGUUCCCAUUCUGGACACAGGGGCGAAGCUUAUGCCAGCGACGAUGAGGAAGGUCACGGGCACGGACCGGGAAUGCAAUGCGUGCAUCAAUAGAUUAAUUAAUUUAGGUCAAUUGUUUGCGCUUCUUUCUAAAUGAGGAAAACUUACUUAUCCAUUUCGAUGACACACAUAACACAAGUACUUUUAACCUAAAUGUAAUAUAUGUAUUAUGAGAGGAAAGCAACAAUAUUAGGUAUGUUUUCAAAUUUUUAGUACCGACUGGAAACGGUUUAGUUACAUGUCGCAAUCUUUUAUAGUUAAUCACACUUUUUAGUAUGUAAUUUUAAUUGAUGGUAAUAAAUAUUAUAAUAUUAUAUGUACUAAUGGGCCUGCUGUUAGUUUUCUGUUUCUAUGUGAUCUUGUGUUUGGUUUUAUUAUACAUACAUAUUUAUUUUUAUAUACAUAAGUAGGAUUCGCCUCUUUUUUUUGGUAUUAUUCGGCAGGUGUUUACGGUUCUAGAAACUGAAUAAAAUUUUAAAAAUCA